AUGAAGUUCAACCUCCUACAUUAUAUUCCACACCAAGAAGUGGUAAAAAUAAGCAAUGAGAGCAGAGUGACUGAGUUUAUCCUAAUGGGGUUUCCCCUCAGCCGCCAGAUGGAAAUCUUCCUCUUUGUUCUGUUCCUCAUGUUCUACCUGGUCACCCUCUCAGGCAACUUGGUCAUCAUCACCAUCACCUUGACUGAUUGCCGGCUCCGAACCCCCAUGUAUUUCUUCCUGUGGAACUUCUCCUUCAUGGAGAUCUGGUUCACUUCCGUCACGGUGCCCAAGCUCCUCUCCGGUUUGCUCUUCGGGAGCAGGAUCAUCUCCUUCACCAGCUGCAUGGUACAAAGCUUCUUCUACUUCUUCCUGGCAGUGACGGAGUUCCUCCUCCUGGCCGUCAUGUCCUUUGACCGAUAUAUUGCCAUCUGUAACCCACUGAGAUACACAGUCAUCAUGAACAGCCACGUCUGCUCCGUGCUGGUCUUUGGGGCCUGGACUGGGGCCUUCUUCUAUGUCCUUGGACCACUGAGUGCUGUCGCUGAGGUACCCUACUGUGGCCCCAAUGGGGUCAACCACUUCUUCUGUGACAUUACACCACUGGUUAAAUUGUCCUGCAAGGAUGCCCAUGUCCUGGAGUCAGCCAUUUUCAUCAUGGCAUCAGUGCUUAUCCUGAGCUCCUUGGUGGUGACUGCAGUGUCCUACAUGUACAUCAUCACCACGGUGCUCAGGACCCCCAUGGCUCAGGGCAGGCAAAAGGCCUUCUCCACCUGCACCUCUCACAUCACAGUGGUCAGCAUUGUCUACAGCACCCACAUCUACAUGCAUGUCCGCCCCAUUGAAAGCAGCUCCUUGGAGCUCAACAAGGUGGUGGCCUUGCUGACCUCUGUGGUGACACCAUCCCUCAACCCCUUCAUCUACACCCUCAGGAACGAGCAGGUCAAACAGGCCCUGAAGGAGGCUGUAGCUCAGAACAAGGUCUUCCUGUUCUACAAAAAGUUUAUCCCCUAA